AUGUCUGAAAUUACACCAGAACUCAAAACCUACAAUGGAAACUGCCAUUGUGGUGCAUUCAAAUUCACAAUCAAGAUGCCUGAAAUAACUACUGCUACUCAAUGCAACUGCAGCAUCUGUUUCAAAAAAGGAUAUCGAUGGGUAUUUCCUGGUGAGGGUUGCUUCGAGAUUAUCAAGGGAGAAGGAACUUUGAAAGAGUAUCAUUUUGGACAACGUACAAUGGCUCAUAGGUUUUGUCCAACGUGCGGAUCGAAUGUACAAGGAUUCCGCUACAACACUCCAGCGGGAAGAGAUAUUGGUAUCAAUGUCAAUUGUCUCCAAGAUAUGGACCAAUGGUCACUGAAAAUUAAUCAAUAUGAUGGUCUUGGUCGCGAACCACAGUAUGUGGCAGCUAAAUACACUGGUGAAUUACCAUCAGCCAAAUUCGAAACCGAAAAGCUUUAUACUGGUGGUUGUCAUUGUGGUGCAAUAACUAUCGCAUUCAAGACUCAAGCUCCAUUACCUAAGCGUCAUGAACAUAUACAGGAGUGUAACUGUAGCAUCUGUUGUCGACUCGGCAUCACUGUCUGUUAUCCCAGGAGAGACCAAGUAUCUGUUUCGGGCAUCUCGAACAUGACCGAAUACUCAUUUGGUCAGGGUUAUAACAUAUUUCGGUUCUGCUCAACUUGCGGUGUUACUGUCGAUAUUGAAAAAGACAUGGCUGCAGUGUCUAGAUCUCCUAAAACUUGGGAAUUGUUGACACCAGCACAACGGGAAAGAUGGCCAACUAUUCAUGCAAUUAACUUGAGAUGCUUUGAGGGAGUUGAGUGGGAUGAUAUCAAUAUCUAUAAGGCGAACACUAAAGCGAUAGAUCCGCAAUAUGUUGUUCCGGAAUAA